GGCGUGUAGAAGACCAGCGUCAAACGAAAAAAUCUUUACACUGGGCUAAGUCGUCGAGCAAACUGAACUGGGAAAAAAUUUUCAGGUAGGUUUUAAUCAUUCUUCCUAAAUAUAAAAUUCAGAGAAAAAAAAAACUAUGCGAGAUGAAAGUGCGACAAUUUAAUUUGAUACGGGAAUUGCUAAAAUUACAAUAGGCCGUGCAGCUGCAAGCGAUCUGCAUACUAGAACAAAAACUGUUCAAGCAAAAACUUCCAGACCACAAUAAAGCCAAAGGGAAAGAAUUGAAAGUUAUGUGGCCAUGGAUAAACUUGCUCUUGUCUUCAAAAAAUUCCUUUCUUCUUAAUGUCCAACUCCCUCGAGGAUUUAGUUUGGUGAGGCUUGGUCGCGCCUUUGUCGAUUAAACCGCAGUGCAGUGAAAAACCGCAUUCUAGUUUACUGCGUAAGACUCGUCCCUUACAAAUAUCACAUGUUAUGUUAAGCUUUGCUCUCUAAACCAUAGAAAAUUGGCAUCUUUCGUUCCUUUGUGUGGCCCACUGCACGAAAAAUUGGAUUUAAACAGAUUUGCAACUGAAGUAAAUAUGAUGCAAAUUUAGGCCUCCAGAUUUGACCUAAAUUCGCAAUGAAAGCAAUGAUGAUGCAAAUACAGAUAUUUAUUCCCGUUGUAUUUGCGCGCAAAUGUGAAGUAAAUAUAAUAUUUACUUUAUCUUUGCUUUAUUUUUGAUACCUCCGCAAAUCAACAAAUUUGACUUACAUUUAUACAGAUUUGCUCUAUUUGCAAAGUAUUAAGUUUGCUUACAGCACAAAAUGUAGGCAAAUGUGGUGUAAAUCCAUUUGUUUGCAUCAUUGUUUUACAAAUGUUGUCGAGGCUUCAAAUAAAAACAUUUGCACGUGUUUUAUUCAUGUUUUGCUAAAGGAGCAAAUAUGCUCAUAUACAUAAAUUCCCUGACUUUUCACUGACUUUGAAGUGAUGUGCAAGAAAUUUUCUAAUAACGCGUGCAACAAGAAGUCUUGCAAAGAGAGCAAAUGGCCGGGUGACUGCGGGCUCUGUAAACCCAAGAAGGUACAUGGAGAUCCCAGGCAAGGCAUAAUUGAAUAUCCAAAAAGUCAAAGAUAAGUCUUAAAACCUGUCUCUUCUCUCAUCCUUCCAACCAAAAUCAACCAACAUAAAUUGGGUGUAGCACAAGGCUCAGUUACGCCUAAUAAAUCAGACAUAACUAACCAAUAAUGACGGUGAUUUUACUUGUGACAUUUAGGUUAUUCGAUCAGAUUGACCCGAAACAUGAUUCGGUUUGCCUAAAUAACGCAUCGGUUAAUCCAAAAAAACACCCCGGUUAGUUGGCAUAUAGUUGAUUUGGGUAGCUUGCGGCUAGCCCUAGGGACUAGGGUUUCUGACUCGCAUAGCUUGCGAAUAAUUUCGGUUGGCUUAAACUAAACUUUGGUAAGUCUAAAUAGCGCUCUGUUUAGUCUAAGUGGAACUCUGGUCUGCCUAAGUUAGCUUAUGGUUAGCCUUUUCAUUGGGGUUAGGGAUCCUGGUUUGCAUGCCUCGCACAUUGUACACACUCUCAUAAUUUUAGUGGUACUCAUUCAUUUAGAUUUCUUUCACCACUGGGGCUUAGUUGACUUUUGACAUUUUUUUUUUUUUUGCACGGAGACUCUUAAGGGAAUUUUUUAAAAGUUGUGCUAAGUGGGGGUUGUAGUUGACAUUAUUAUGAUACAAACUAUAACACAAGAAUAAUUCUGUUUACAUAUCAAAAGCAGGAUGGUUUGCGUCAAAAUGAAGUCAACGCAUGCGACAGAAAAAUGGGCUCUUCAAAGAAACAAGAGUUUGCAAUAGAUGGAUUCAGCUAAAGGGUUUACAUCCUUGUAUUACAUCCAAUUCAAAUCAUGUGAUGAAUCAUUUACGAGAUUACAAUUGUUCUGUUCGUACAUACCCCCAUAGAAUCAGUUGCAUGACAAAUUGCACAGUUGUAACCUUCCAAAUGAUUUAUUUCAUGGUCUGAAUUGGGUGGCAACAAGGAUGUCAACACGUUAGCUGAAUCUGUCUAUUAUGGCAAACUACAAGAGGUGUAAAUAAUAAACACAUGUCAUGGGGUAGAUGAACAUUCCCCCCCCCCCGAGAGCAUUUAGUUUUAUUUUUACAAAGUUUGGAAUUAAUACAGGUAUUAUUUUGUUGUAAUUUCCAUUUUGAGCCUCUGAUUUGUAAUGUAUGUAAUAAUAAUAUAUUUGUAAUUUCUGUUCACACUUUGUACUUAUUCUCAGGCUGCUUUGAUAUCUUAUUAAAUAGGCAAAAAUAAAUUAGGUAAAAGAAAAGCUAAAAAGAUGUUGGUAUCCUUAGUGUGUUAAACUAAAUUGUCAUACAAGGAAAAGCUACCUUAAUUCAAAUGACACGGAAAAAUGUUGGUAUCCCUAGUGAUACAAAUCCUAAACCAAAAUUGUAACACAAAAAAAUUGUGUUGGUAUCAUUUGUGAUGAAUCUCCUAAUUAAAACAAAUUCGUAAGACAAGAAAGAGCCACCUCAAUUCAUUACACCUUGCUACUCUACUUUUCCAAUCAAGUAAAAUUAUGUCAUUUUUCUUGCUUUCAAUAAAUAUCUAAAAGGUAGAACCCACUGUAUUUACUGGUCCAGAGCUGGUUUUCUAAAAAAAAAGAAGACAACCAAGGGGGAUUAUUUAACCACAACAUUCAUUGGAAAAAUGAGCUGUGGUUCCAUAAUCAACAUGCAUAGACAAAGUGCAUAGUAUUUGUAAUAGAUUCACAGUACAGAAUAGGCUUCUGCUAACUUAACAGAUGACACAUCUGUCCUGUCCCAUUGUUGGUGCACUGCCUAAAGAUGAAACAUCUGGGCAGCUACAAGCUUCCACAUACUCUGCAAUGAGAACUGGCUUGUGAAUUGGAGUUAAACAUUUUGCAGUUUACCCAACAACUCUUUGAAUUUAAUUUCUUGCUGACAUCAUGCACAUUUACCACAGUGAGGAGUCUGGAAAAGGGUACAUUUCUAGCAAUCAUAUUGCUUUUUAAAUCCAUAAUCAGUCUCACAUUACAUAGUAGGCUUCAGCUAACUUAACAGAUGACACAUCUGUCCUGGUGUGCUGCCUAAAGAUGAAACAUCUGGGCAACUACAAGCUUCCACAUACUUUGCAAUGUGAAACCAUGACUAAAGAAUCGAAAAAUUAUUAUACACUUCAGAAUUAGGCUACUGUAGUGGCUUUUUGUAUAAAUGAUACCAAUUUCUGUGUUACAGAGUUUAAUACGGGUUAAUUUUUAAAAGGUAGCCACACUGAUUUGUUGAUUUGACUGUCUGAACUUACUACUUAUUCCCAGGCUGCUAUGAUAUCUCAUCAAAUAAGGUGUGUUGAUGUCGCUAAGGCAAUAGCUAAUACAAAUAAAGAGGUUAAUGAAAAGUACAAAUAUGUCGGUAUCCUUAGUGAUGAAUCUCCUAUACUUAAUUAUAACAAAAGAAAGAGCCACCUUAAAUCAAAUGAUAAGUAAAAAAAGGUUGGUAUCCCUAAUGAUAGAACUCCAUAACCAAAAUACUAACACAAGAAAAAGAUAUGCAGUUAUCCUUUGUUAUGAAUCUCCUAAACUACAUGUAACACAAGUAACAGCCACCUUAAUUCAAAUGAUAAGUAAAAUGUUGGUAUCCUUAAUGACACACUAAAAAGAUUGUAUUGGUAUCCUUACAGAAGAAUCUCCUUAUCAAUACAUAAUAUUAUUGUAACACAAGAUGGAGCCACCUUAUGUAUCUCUGGGUUAUUCCAUGCUGUUGUACUGUUGGCUAUGCUUUCUUGUGAUACAGACAAAUAAAAAAUUAUAAAGCACUUGUAGAGUUUUAAUUUUAAAUUUAAUUUAUGAGCAAUACUUUGGAUAUUUCAUUUUCAAUCUUAUUUUAAUUUUUCUCUUAUUGUUGAGCGCUUUUGAAUAUUAUUUUAUAGUAUCAUGAUUAAUUUGCUAUCACUAUAGUUAUACAUUAACAACGUAUAUAUGAAGUUUGAAAUUUGAUACCAAGAUCUUAAAAUUAUGUCUGUAAUGACUGAAUGUUUACCAUGAGGUAAUCUAAUGAAGCCCUGGCCUGUGGGUUAUUCCCUAAGCAGUGUUUACUGAGAGACAGAAGGGACUUGCAUCCAAUCUUGGUUGCAAUCUGCCUCAACAGGAGGCCAAGGGAAUAAACAUCACUAGCAUAUGAUGGUAGAUGAGUGCCUGCCACAACUUCAGGGGCAAUGUGUUUGUAUUUUUGUUUGUAUGCCUCUUGUUCUUCUUUGGACAAAUGUACAGUUCUUUGAAACUCUCUUCCUGUGAUGCAGUACAUAACAGUCAUCAAAGUUGUACAAAGUGCCACACUUUGGACACACAACAUACUUCAUGAAUUCAUCCUUAUCGAUUCCAAGUUGUUUUUUUAAUAAAUGCAGGGAUUUUGGGAAUAAUGCUGCAAAACUUCCAAUGGAAGGAAUGACUGUUGCCAAACUGUCAAAAACAGCUCUUAAAAAUUCUAGAAGAAUUUCUAGAGCAUUAUCUGAAAUUACACAAAAGGAAGACCACAAGCACAAGAAAAGUAAAAUCCAACGAAUAAUGCUAUUCAUACUCUCUCGUAAUCCUUGAGCAGGAUUGACAUCGACUGAAGGAAGCUGUCCAGGAAUAGUUGGAAAAUCUGUGUCAAUAUCUUCAUCAUCAAGAUUCCAUACUUGAUGAGUUAGUUCUGGUCCCAUCCUUUUCAGAGGACAAAAUAUCAUGCACUAACAAUGCAUCCUCCUCUUCUAGUUCUUGGACAUUUGUGCCUGAAGGUCCUGUAAGGAAAUAUUGCGUUUUAUUUUAAUAAACCAUUUCAAGUAUCAUUUGUUCGUUGUUGUACGUUGUUGUACGUUGUUGUACGUUGUUGUACGUUGCAUAAUGUAAAGGCAUUACAUAAUUAUUAUGAGAAAGUGAUUUGGUAUAUACACUUCAUUGUGGUGUAAAAUUUUGCAGAGAAAAUUUUUCAGGGAACUUUUUGGGAUCAUGAAAAACAAGCAAAAGAGUUAAGUGCCACAUGGUACAUUUAUUUCACACAAAGGAAGUUAUUGUGCAAUUAAAAACAAGAGAACAAACAAUGAUAGGUAACCAUACUCAUUUAAGAGAAAAAUGAUGACUUGCCUCUGGUACAUAAAGUAAAAGACAAUUUUUGAUGUGUGUGCUAUUAACACUAAAACUGUACACAGUAAGGAUGCACCAUGCAGUUUCUGGUGUUAUUGAUAUUGUUUUUUCUAUCAGAGAAGCCACAGAUAAAUGCAUAACAGCUGGGUAAAAUCCCUUGCCAACACAACAGUAUAUGAGAAUACUGACAAACUUGUGGCCUCUGAAAAGUAAAAGUACAAUUUAAAUCAAAAACAUAAACCUAAUAAUAAGUGUUAAAAUGGUUAAAAAUUUAAAGCAAAUUACCCUUUACCAUGUUUCAACAAGACAACAUUACUCUUUUUUAGCUGCUAUGCGUGUCCAUUUCUGAACUAAGAGACGACAAGAGGUAAACAAAUCAAGAAAUGCAGCUCAGGAUAUAUUAAAGCAACAGAGAGCCCAAAGCCGUCUAAAUACGGUAAAUAAUAUUCAAAAUUCAAGCUGUUUUGAGUUUUUCUGCUGUUGAACACCAUAGCAAUGCUUUAAACAAGACCCAGUAUAUGUAAGAGCUGGGUAGAAUCAAUAAGCUAAUUUCAACCCAAACCUUGUCUAUUUGUGACUUUCAUAUUUAGUGUAAUUGUGAACAAUUUUGUUUAAUUUAUUUUAACACAGAAAAAGAACCAGAGAGUGAAAGCUCUCAACCUUUCUACAUCUUUGGCUGCAGAAGAGAAAGAUCAGUACAUGAAGUUCAUGACCAUAGACUAUAUGUCAUCGGAACAUUCUAUGUCAGAAUCUGAGGAGGGCGAGUCGAACAGUGAGCAUGGCUAUGAAAGCUCAGACUCAGAGAGGCCAAAGAAGAAAGUUUUUUGUGUAAGCUCACUUCAGUGGCGGAGUCCUGCACUAACUCAGGUCAUGCACAGUCUUGACCAAAAGUCAACACGCAGAAGGAGUGCAAAAGGUGCUAAUAUGUUAGUGGAAAGGCGUCGUACAGGCAUAAUCUCGAGCCGCCUUGCUCCUGAUGAUGCUGAUCCCUUUACACUGGCAUAAUAGGUACUUUCUGCCCUCCUUUUGUACAUGUAACCUUAUUUCUAAGGGGGUGAUUACAUGGUGACUUUCAGCUUAGUUAGAAGGGGCUGAGAUUUCAGCCCAGGAUGCGAGGAUGAAAAAGCUCCAAAAAGCCCAUGUAAUUGGAAUGGAAUUUCAGCCCAGGCUGAAAUGGGACCUUGGACAUAUGUAGUGAUUGUUUUUUUCAAUGUAACGAAAUCACUGAAGCUGGCAGUUGCAAAGGAGAAAAGAUUUACAUUUGGUCAUGUAAUCACAACAAAAUUCCAGCCCCUUAAUCAGGCUGAAAUUUCUCAUGUAAAUCACCUCCUUAUUCAUUGGUAUUUUUUCUGCAUUUUUGGCUAAGAAAACAAAAUUAACUUAAAGGGAAGUAAUUUUGGAGAAAGGAGAAUGAAAUGUUAAUUAUUUGGCCUUGAUAUAUAAGACUUUUGCAAUUGAUGAUCAAGCAAUAUACAUGUACAAAUAAUUGUUGUAUCCCUGUACUGAAAUACAUGUACAGGAACUCAGGUUUUGAAAUGAAAAUUCAGUUCAAUGAAGGGUGCUGUUUCUAUGUGGUAGCAACUUAGUCUUCAAAUAUUUCCUAAAAGCUACAUGUAUGUGUAAUUGAUUGAAUGCUGUCAUUUCUUGUUAUGUGACAGCUUCAUCUAAUUAGCUAAGUGAAGCUAUUCUACUGUCCUUAAUUUUUCAAAUUUACAUUGAACUGACUCAUGAAUUGCAAAAUGGGAGAAUUACAUCAGCCAUGCUAUGACUUGUCAUAUCAAGUACAAAAUUUUUGAAGAUCAGUUAACAAAUUGAAAGCAUUUAAUAUUUUAAGUAUUUUUGGGUAGGCUUACUGUUUCAAAUUGUGUAGCUUAAUUUUUACCGUGUAAAAAUAUUUGAAGAGUAUUUGAAGAUAUUUAUAAUAUUUAUUAAUACCAAGCUGAUCAGGGACAGACCAAUUAACAAAUCAAAAGCAUUAUAUGUAGGUGUAGGCAUUCUUGAUUAUGAUUCGUUUCAAAUUCAAGUUUCAAGUUUUAUUUGUUCACAUCAGAUGGUUAUUACUAGGCUGCCUUGCAAAUAGUGAAGAGCUAAUCAUGGCAAGCCAGACUGUAGACAAAUAAUUUUACACAAUUUUAUACAAUAAAUAUUCACAUACAAUUACAACAUGUAGACAUUAAUCUUCAUGCUUACAAACAUCUAGGUAUUAGGAUAAUAUGUAAAUAGGAAAACUACAGACUAAACAUAAUUACAGUCAAUAAUUAAUCUUUCAUCUUAUUAAUUAGAGUAUCUAUGUCGACAUAGGAGUUUUCAGUUACUAUUUACAUGCUAUUCGUUACUAUUUACGAUUCUAUAUGCGAUUAGUUACUAUUUACAUACUUUAGUACUUUUUCAAAUUGUUACAAGUGCAAGCUGUUUACCAUGUAACAAUAUGUGACUUGGAUCUAAUUUUUAUUUCAUAAUGUAGUAAAUAUUUGCAUGGUGCUGGACAUACUUGCAUUUUGUUUCGUUUCUUAUUUCUCUCUGAUUCCACCCCGUUGAGCAAAUAUGUGUUAACGUUUACUUCUGCCUUAAAGAGCAAAACUGUUCAAAAAUGAAAUAUUUGAUUGCGUUUGUACAUGGAACAAAUAAGGCGUAAACGUGUAUCUUUGCCACAACAAAGUUUCAGCAAAUGUUCACUUACACGUAUUUUUACAGGAUAUGUAAAGAAUAAGCAAAUUUAGAAUUUUGCCUGCGAUGCCUUCCUUGCAAACAAUGGUCAAACAUGACAUUUGACUUCGCCGCAAAUAUGACCAAAGCGAGGCAAAUAUAGUCUUUGGUAUCAGUGCAAAUCCGUCCUUUCGUGCAGUAAAUUUAUUUAUUUACCUGGUAUUUACUGCCGCAGUAAAGUUGAAUUUUUUUCGCAUUUGCUACGCUAUGUAAAUAUCUGCAAACAUGAAGUUUACUUUUUGUGCAAAGGUCAUCAAAGCGAAUGAAACAUUUCUUUUGUUUCGUAUUUGCUGUCAAUGUAAAUAUGGAGUAAAGGCAAUAUUCAACGUCUUUGCUUUACUUGUAAUUGUGGUGCAAACACAAAGUUUGACUUACGUGCAAGUACGAUCAAAGCAGUUUAAAGAUAGUAUUUGCUACACAUGUAAAUCCAUCAUUUCGCACAGCAAAUUUAACAAUUUAACUCGCCUUUGCUGCAACAGAAAAGUUGUCGCAAAUGUGCAGCUUUUCUUUACAUUUGCUAUGAUAUGUGAACAUUGAGUAAAUGCGGUAUUUACCAUCUUUGCUUUGCGUGCAAAUAUAAUGCAAUUAAAAAAAUUGCAUCUGAGCAAAUAUGAACAAAGUCUAUCAAAUGUGGUAUUUACUUUUCAUUUACUACGAUUUUGCUACGGUUGUAAAUCCGUUUUUUCGUGCAGUGGAAAACACAUGUUAUAAAUGAUUUUUCGUGCAUUGAUUUGCUUUUCACGCAGGACGGCAACGCCAAAUGAAGUCUUUUGAAAAAAAUAAAGAUAUAUUUUAAGUUAGAAUUUCGCGAAUGGCUGGAUACGUUUACCAUCUCUUACGGCGCCACAAGUUAACCUCAGUGCAGUGAAUGAAAGUAGCGUUGUUUGAUUCCCUACUGCAAAAGCAGCGCUCGUGACCGUUACUUUUGCACCCGCAUUUUGUUACAUUUCUACCAGUUUCAUCACGUAGUUUGCAAUAUUAUUUUCCUUCCUUUAAUUUCAUCUCUUAAACAUUGAUUCUAGGACGUAGGUAUGUUGAGAGAAACAUAGCGACAUCGAUUUCGUCAUCUAAUUUCCUUUCUUUUUCGUUCCUCUUUCUUGUGACUUUCGAAGUGCAUGAAUUGUGUUUCUAUUUCGCUGUGUUCUCUAUUUGUUUGUAAUUUAUGCACACCUUUUAUUUUAGCUCUCACUGUGUUCUACUUUAAGUCAUUGGAGCAGUCCUCAGUUACGCCUAAAGCAGCCAUGUUCAACCCACGAAAGAAAACGUCGAGCAAGGUCGGAAAAGCAGAGCAGAAACGGAAGGGAAAGGCGCCUAUGUUUUAUAGACGUGGCAUUUUUUCCAAACGUGCUGUUAGCGACGAUGAAGCAAAACCAUGGGCUGCUGUUGGGACUUGGUUUCUUGGACCGAAAGCGGAGAAUGCUGACGUGUUUAUUGAACUAAUGAAGGACGCCAUAAAAGCCCACAUGGACUUUCGCCACGGGUACGUAACAAAAUUCUAUUUUACUGUAGCCUCUUAUUUACGUCUGUUGCUUUGGCAUGGCUUUCUUUAUCAGCUUUUAUUCCGAGUCUGUUCACUAAUACCACACUUACUCUUUGCAUUACACGCAACUUAAAAGAAACCAGGGCAAAGAGUUCUCAUAAAAGGAUUUUGAUGAGCUAGGAGUGUAUUACCUGAUUCAAGAAACCGUUGUUGUUCCCAAGGUUUAUCAGCCCAAUUUCGGUUGGGUUUUGAACUUAACUUUGAAAUGUGUCAAAUGCAGACAUGCAUCAGAUAUGUCUGCUCCUAAGUGCAACAUGAAAUGCAACAAUAUUUUAUUUCUCUAGUUUCUACCCUUGUGAUCCACCGUACGUCACGGACGAGCUGCGACAAGCAGAGUCUUUCAAAAAAUCCUAUGAGAAAAUGAAAAUGGAAUUGGAUAAUCUUCAGAAGGACAUGUACAGAUCUGUUCCAUUUUUUAGCACGAGAUACAAGGUAGGUUUUAAAGAUUGACCCCGUCAAAGGUUGAGAGUCAGUCGUGUUCUGAACGCGUUUGCGGUUGCGAUUGCUAUUGUGGUUUCCCAAGAAUCCAAACAUUGUUUAUAACCUGAUCCUCAUUUCAAGUCGUGCAGUGUUUGUUACGCAACUGUAUGCACAGAAUUUCAAGCAGACUGCAUUUCAAUGAAUAAUCCGGCGUUAAAAGAGCAACCGCAACGAAAUCCAAAGUAAUAUCCAAACUUCCGCAGUUUAAGCCAGGGCAUUUCAAUUAAGUUAAUAAUUGUCCGCCCUAAUCGGAUGAAAAAUUAAUAUAAAGAGUCAAGUGUCAAUUCCGAAUUCAUCAUGUGCUACGUCGAAAUAUUCAUCUAUGAAUCAUUUUCCUUGAGACUUCUCUUUAUACAACACGCACGUCAACAAGCUGGAAUUCUGGAAAGAAAACUCAACAGAAAUUUUAAUGAACUCGACCGAAAAAGGUUGUUUCAUACGCACUUAAUCGCCAAUCCGCAAAUAAAACUCCCGCAACAUUUUUACGCUUGACGGCAAACAGGAUAAAACGAACAAAAUUACCAUGUUUUACCUCUUCGUUAUUUAGCUUUAACUCUUUCAUACUGAGAGUAAGAACAAAUUGAUGAGCUUAGCAUUCACGCAUGAACUUCACUUUUAGGGACAUGUCAACUGGGACACUGCAGUUCCCGCAAAUCUUGGUUACAUGGCCUCCAUUUUGUGGAACCAAAACAACUGCGCAGCUGAGGGUGGACCGGCAACUACUGGUUACGAGGUCCGAGUUGGUGGAGACCUAUGUGAAAUGGUCGGCCUGAAUAGGGAUACCAGCUUGGGGCAUUUGGUAGCUGGAGGAUCUCUCGCUAACAUUGAAGCGAUAUGGGUGGCAAGAAAUCUUAAGUACUAUGCACUGGGACUUCAAGAAGCAUUGCUGAAGGAAGAACAGUUAAAAGGCGCACGUGAUUACAAGGUAGAAACAGAGUUCACCUGUUACGUUCAAGAAGCUAAAUGUGGUCUUUUUAUUUUUCGGAUGGCUUGCAGUGGUUGGAAACUAACUGAAAUUCUUUUGUUUUCGAAUUCUUUAUUAUCUAGAUACACCUUCCUCAGAAUGAUACUCCAACUCUUUUGAUCAACGCUACACAAUGGGAACUCCUCAAUCUGGAUACUGACACAAUCAUCAAGAUGCCCUCUGAGGUGGCAACCCAGGCUAAAAUUGAUCGGGCAGCGCUUCGGAAAAUCUUGGCUAACUACCUCUACGAGUCCAUCGGUGCUCAGGAAUUCUGCAAUCGUCAUAUGCUAACUACAACACCUUGUGUUGUGGUUGCUAGUACCUAUCAUGUGUCCUUCCUCAAAGCGGUCACCAUCACGGGUCUUGGAAAAGAGUGUCUGGUGACAGUUCCUGUUGAUGCGAACGCUCGCAUGAACUCUCAGGGUAAAAAGGACAUUGAGUCGUAAAACGGUUUAACCCUUUCACUCCCACAAGUGACCAAGACAAAAUUUCUCCUUACAAUAUCAAUACAAUAUCAAGCAAGUAGGUGAUGGGAAUAGAGAAGAAUAUCGAUUAUGGGAUUAUUAGCUGAUCCAAUACCAAAUUCUCUGAGCUAACAUCAUAAGAAUUGUAUGGCAGACAGUAAGGAGAAUUACUAAUUAGAUCUUGGGAGUGAGAGGGUUAAGUUAUAAAAAUAUCCAUUUUUCCAGCAUAUUUUUGUGUUUUGGCGACCAUGGAUGAAAGAAGUCAGAAGAGGUUGAAUGGUUCGUGUAGUUUUCUUUUUACCGGGCAGAUUUCUUUGUAACAUGCAUUCCAACCUUAUUCAAAAGACUGACUGAUAGAAACUUCCCAAAAAUACAUUUUGUCAAAAAAUGUUACAAAUGUAGUACAGAAUAUGCACCAGGAUUGGAUCUAGGGGUAAGGUUCGACGAUCCAGAUACCCCCUCCUCUACUCAUCAGAUCUAUUUGGUUUUUACUUCCCGUUUGUAACCUAACGACAGGAUCAUAUGUAGCUAAUUAACUUGAGAUGUUAAAAAUAUACUUAUUAUGCUCUGAUGUAAAAAAAUCUGUAAUUUUUAAAUCAAAAUUCCCCCCUUACUAAGCUGACUUUCCUAAUUUAUAAUCUUUACACACUAUGAUGUGAACCCUCUCAAUCUACAUGUACUUUGGUGUCUGAUUGUUGUCUUUUUGUUUCUGUUAUUAAGUGCUGAAAAUUAUUCUGCGAGAGAAGUUGUCGAAAAGAAUCCCUGUCAUCAGUGUCAUCAGUAUCAUGGGGACAACUGAAGAGAGUGCAGUUGAUCCACUUGUAGACAUCCUUUCAAUAAGGAAAAAGCUAAGUAAAGAGGUAUUACAACCUUUUUUAUCAGACUUCUAUUGCAUUUGCAAAACAGAUUUGACCGAAAGGACCUUUUCAUUUCUAUCAAACCUUCCUUUUUUAAUUAAAAGGACCAAGUCGCAAAAUUCCUCUAUGCAAUUAAUGAAUAGAACGUGUUGGAGAUAAGUUACACCCUUUGCGUAAAUUAUCUCAGUCGAAAAAGUUUCUCUGUUCAAAAGCUGUUUAGACUGAGUGUCGUACAACGAAAACCACAGAGCUCGCGAUAGUCAAUCAAAAUAGAGCUAAAUACUAUAAGGAGCCGAAGAUAACUCGAAGUAAAUGCUUUUAAAUCACACUCAGAGCGGCAAAAGGCGAGUGAUCAAGCGAUGUAUCCUUUUUAAUAUGAUUGAUUGUGAGGGUUGCAUGGGUUUUUCUUGACCAAUAACAGGGCGUAGUAGGGAAUUAAAUAUAUACGAAGCCGUAAUACUUUCGAAAUUUAGUUGAAGAACUUCUUUGUGAGGACAUUUCACGAUUCCCGUCAUUCCAGAAUUGAGCACAAAUUAAACGAGGAAAUCAAUUUUUCUUUACAGGGGCUGAAUUUUAGUAUCCACGCGGACGCAGCCUGGGGAGCAUACUUCUCAUGCAUGUUCCGUGAACAUCAUGAUCCUUUAAUACCAACAAAAGAAGGCUUUGUUCCUGAACUCCAGCUUAAUAGCCACGUUACAGAGCAGCUGAAGGCUCUGAACCAGUGUGACACCAUUACCAUAGAUCCUCACAAAUCUGGAUUCUGCCCGUACCCAGCUGGGGCAAUCUGCUACCGUAACAAAGAUCUCAAUAACUUCCUUUCUUUAACCAGUGAUGUAGUCUACUAUCAUGGUAAUAUCAACUUUGGAGACCUUAGCCUAGAAGGAUCAAAACCUGGCGCAGCUGCCGCUGGAGUGCUGCUUGCCAACAGGGUAAGCAGCAGGAAAAUGAGUUCCCUUCUGGCACAGCAAUAAAAGAACAUCCUAAAAAAAUCAAUCGCCUUAAAAUUGUAUUUCAUCAGUCAAACAGAAAACUCCGCAUACGAAUCAAGGGUCAAAUCGUGUUUUUUAGUCGAGCUCGCCUACUUAUUAUCUCCGGGUUGCUUCCCUCUGUAUAACUAUACAACUACGAAACUUUGAAAAUAUUACGUUUUUUUCCUCCACAAUGUCCUAUUGAUUGAACAGAAAUUCGCGAAAAAAAAUUUUUCUCAGCAGAAAAUUUGUUUCAGGGGAUCAACAUCUGCUUUAUGGCAAAAUUCACUUUCGCGAAAUUUCUAAGAAUGGAGCCAGAUUUAUUCUGUUUACGUGUUGUUAUAUCCAGGUGAUUGGGCUGCACAAGAAUGGAUAUGGCCGGAUCUUGGCCGAGUGCAUGUUCACCUCGAAGAUCCUUUAUUGCUACUGGGUUUGUAUGGCAAAGGAUCAUGACGAUUUCGUAUGUGAAACAACCAAGCCACUUCCAACCGAAACAAUCCCUAUUGCCCCCAACAGCGAUGUCAAGGUUGAUUACAAAACUUUCAUAAAACGUAACGUGUUGGGGAAAUCCAAUGAAGAGCUGUUUAAGGUAAUGCCAAGCCCCUUACGUACGCGUCAUUUUAGGAUGUAACUAAAACUCAGUUAGUAAACUUACGUAAGUUUAGCAUUUUAAUUUUUCCUUUUUCAGGACGAAUACACAAUGCACAUCCUCAAAGAAAUUGGACCUGAUACCAUGAUUCCUUGCUUCUCCGUGAAUAUCCGCGGAAAUAAAGAUGUGAACCAAUGUAAUGCUAUCGUCGGUGCAAUUUUUAACGACCUGAGCUACGCUUCCACCGAACAAUCUGAACAGCGGGUCCCUAUGAUUGUGACGUCUUCUACAAUGCAAGAUCACAAGUACAGCUUAGCUCUGAAGAUAUUCAAGGAAAGACUUGGGGUGAAAAAAUGUUAAACAUUGCAUUUUUUCCUAGAUUUCUGCUGUUUUUUUCAUGUUGUUAUCAUUUUGGUGCUGCCAAGUAAAGCCAUGUUGAUACGCUUUAAGAUAAAAAAAAAAGUAACACGCACCUCGAUUGAGUACCGUUCAAUUGAAAAAAAAUUUAAAUUUAAAUACGUUAAAGGACUCACAGAACCCGGAGUAAAACAAAGCAUUCUGCCUAAGCGUAGGAAAUCGCCGGUGACCAAGUUACUACAGAGUGAUUGAAAGAGUGGCACAAGUUUUUUAAAACAGAUAAAGGAAAGCCAAUCUUUUUAAUUAAUCUUUUUGUUUUCCUUUUUUUCACAGCUGAGCACGGACAACAAAGAAGGAGUGAAGUACGUUAUCACCACAUGUCUGGAUCCGUGGUCCACUUCGUUGGAAUUCAUGGACGACCUUGCUGACAUCAUGAGAAACACAAUCCUCAAUGCUAUAGGAACAGUAAGUGUGUCAUGCUAUAAAUAUAAUAAACUGUUAAAGGAAGAUGAUCUGUUUUAUUUUUUUGUUAAGAGCGAGCAUUAAAGAAAAGAUUCGCCAUGAGGUCGAAAUGGGGGGAGUUUAUGGAGGAAUAAGCCACACACCAGGUUUGGAAGUGAUAUACGUGUGAUCUACAUACUGAAGUAAACAGAAUUGUAGUGUUCACUGCAUAAUCACCGCCCCAUUUUUUAACUUUGAGACAUAAACUUCAGUUUGAUUGAUGUCGAUACACAUUAUAAUCAUUUGAUUAUUUAAACGGUAACUUCUCUCCUUCAGGUUACGGACAAGAAAGAUUGCCACAGUUUUGUUUGUACAGACAAGGUGAAUAGUCAGAACGAAGUGUUCGUGUGUUAUGUUGGAAGCUUUGGAAGCUUUCGCCAAACUCAGCACCAGUACUUCUCAGUUGCAAGGUUUAAGUUCCACUCAAAAGCCGAUGUGGUUACUUUCGAUGACACUGUGCAGAAAGCUGGUAACCAGCCUGUGGUGAUGCAAAAUCUCAAAAGCGAACCGAGGGUGCUUCAUGACCUGCUGUUUAACGAUUCAGGGGAAAAAAGAGAAACCGUGAAGUUUAAUUUUUUUGUUGGCCUCCCCAAUGGAAAUAAUAAACCGUUCAUGACGGCCGACAUGGAGAUCAAAGACGUGCCCCGCUAUGACCACUUCGACAAAGCCAAUACACAGUACCCUCAUGUUGCUACCUACGUCAUGUAUGGUGACUUGAAUGAUGCCUACCUGUUCCAUUAUCCGACAAAGUGCCCUGAUUACUUGCAGGUGAGUCAUCGGAGAGAUAUCUUACAGGUCAACAGCUUGCUUUGUGGUUUCUGCUCUUGUCAAUACGGAUUUACUGAUGGACUGAUGGUCAAACGUGCUGUUUUGAUUAUACUUUCUUCUUUAAUCGGCUUGAAGCUUGGCUGGCCUCUAUAGCAUCAAAUAAUCUAGGUGUUGUUAAUAAAUUCCAUUUUAAGAUACGUUUUGUAUUCGAUCAAUGGAGGCGGUAAAGUGAACCGUAUUUUUUCUUCUUCCCUCUAGAUUGUCAGACUUACAGAAGUCCAUGAAGGCUUGGGCGAUGAUAGUGAAAAAUCCGUGAUUCUGAAGCAAGGCGUGGAUGCUGAGUUGCCCAAGGUUCCCGGCUCCCCAACCACUGACCCUAUAACUUGGAAGAUCAAGGACCCCUUGAAAGAAACCAAAUACGACAUAGAAUUCGUAGGAAUUCAAGGGAAGGAAAUUAAAACCACUGUCAUGAUACAAAAGAAGAUUUGGUUUGACGGUGAAGUGCUAAACAAAUCUGCAGUUGCAUAAGAACAUAGUAAAAUAAGAGAGUCCUGCUGAAUACUAAUUGUGAUAUUGGCCUUAGGGCAGAUAAAAGGAAUAUGUUUCUGUUCUAGUCUCAUUAAGCUGACAGAGUUUGGAAAUUAGCUCCACGCAUACUGCUUAGGCCUCGAUACUGUUGAUUUAGGUUCCUUUCAAAGUAGUCUACGGUGAGUGAAAAUCACGUGACAGUUACGCUGUCACGAUGUCUUAGUCUUUCAAGUUAGUCUGUAACGAGUGACAAUCACGUGAUAAUUACGCUGUCACGAUGUCUUAGUAAAUGGAAUCCGAUAGUUAUUGGUGUAAUGGGAGGCGAACCUAACAUUCAAUUAGACUUGAAAAGCAUUGCGAGGUCGUUGAUGUAGAAUACUUAGAGAAGUAGUUUUAACCAACUGUUGGAUGUGGUUUGCUGCAUAACAAUAAAGUCGAUUAGCUGACAAGUUAUUUUUGUCAUUUUUAACUUUUUUCCAUCCUAAUCGCGAAUGCUAGGAUACUCAUGGUUUACAAUGGAAAUGACUUUUUGCCGUCACGUUGGAUAACAAAAAGUGAAAAAUAUUAUAAUUUCUCGUGAAAAUUGAUAGAUACUCCAUUAUCACCAAGACAGAAUAUAAACUGAUAUUUUCAUGAUUAUCUCUAAUCAGUCGGGUAAUUAUCGCCCAUUUCCGGAUCGAAUCCACUGAUUUCCUUCCUGUUAGACCGGCCAAACGACUUAUGAUCAAAAUCAAAUAACCAGCAAUUAUCUGCCCUUCUAAAACUGUUGCCUAUUAAGGACUAUCACUAAAUUGUCGCAUUUGGAAAUAUAGUGAUAACCAAAUUAACUUCGCAAUAUCAACUCAAGGAUUGAUUCAGAAAUUUACGUGAUAUCACGAUCAACUGUUUGUAUCUUGUCAGACCUCCCAGUCCAAUAAAAGCUGUAUUUGUGACAGUUAUUUACCUUCAAACCACACACCUGGUACCCGUGAUAUGAUUGUCAUGAAUCACUUUACAAAACAAUCCUUUGCUGUCACAUGCUAUCAUUAGUUAUUCAAAGGUAGUUACCUCAGAAACCGUUGCUGGUGAAGAAGUCAAAAGUGCAGUUGUCAAGACCUUGGAGUUAAAUUUUUUGUCGAAAUCGAAGUCAGGUGAAUCAGGAAUAGCAGGAAGAAUGGAAGAACGUUUGCUCAUGAGACUGGUGGUUGGACAGUUGCUGCUGGUUGUCGUAUCCUCAGCAGGUACGAGAUUGUAUUUUCCUCACAUGGCUUAUAUGUUUUCUGGUUUGUGUACUACGUUGUUCAGUGAACCAUGGCUUUCUCAAUGGUGAUUUUAAACUCCCCCCUUAGAUAGAAUACCAAAACCACUAUCCAGGGGUGAAUCAGUAACACCCAUGGCUGACUAUGGUCAAAGCUGUCAAAAAUUUAGUCUUAUUAACACUACCUGGCGGUCCAAAUAAUAGUAUAAAGAGAGAUCAAGAGGACUACCAAAAAAUAUUAGCAUUUAUGAUAAUCAUGAUUUGCGAUUUCCGCCCAUUAAUUUGGAUUGUCAAAACAACUAACAUAAUGCAAUUUCUCUAUAAAUUCCACCGCCGAGCCAUUUCAAAACUUAAUUGAGGCUGAUCGUAAGUUUCACAAGUUUGAAAUCAAAAAUUGAUUGCAAAUUUUUGGCUCGAGUUCUUGAGUUUUCGAAAGAACAGUUUCAAAUUCUUAACAAUUGUUUAUGAAACAUAAAUGGGCAAAAAAAGUUUGAUUUAAUUCAAAUUCUUUGUAUCCAAAUAUUCGGCUUGUCUGAGACACUAGUUUCUCACACAGGACCAUGUAAAGACAUUCUAUCAACACGUUGUACCUACAGAGGCGAUUUUGGCUUCUCAGAGUCCCUCUCUGCUCCAAUGAUAACGGAUGAAUACUUGCAAAUAGUUAUUUCAAGGAAAAAAGCAUCAAUCAGCACACCAUCAAUGGAUUAUGAAGUUUGUUACUGACUUAGAAUAAUUGCGCACCCACCUUAGAGCGCAUAAAAUGCUGAAAUCUAUACUAAUUUGAAUUUAAUUCCAAAUUUUUUAAAUAUAACAGCAUUUCCUGCUUUUUUUUGUUGAUGUUUUGUUUUGUUUUGUUUUGUUUUUUCUAAGCUCCACAAGCACAGUAUCAACUUCGUCGUCCAGUUCAGACGAAUGCGCAAACACGUACCUUUCCCCAAAACACACUGGGUAGACAGACAGGUCAGUCUAAGAAUUAUACAUCUUAAAAAGCAGAUACUCAUCAUAGUAUUUGCCCAUCUCAGGUUUCUUUCCACAUGCAACAGUCUCUUAAGAAUGGUCUGUUUAUUUUGGCAGGUCCACAAACGCAAUUUCAAUUUAGGCGUCCAAUUCAGAUGGGUGCACAGGCCCGCAGUUUCCUUCCAAACCGUUUGAACGCAAAGAGAGGUACGACUCGACAGGAAGCACGUUUACAUUCUUUCAAAAAUUGCCAUGAUGAAGUAGUGUAUCGUGUAUUGUAUUUACACAUUUCAAUAAAUAUUUCACAGAAUUUUGCAAUUUCAGACGCAGAAGAUCUAGAAUUUCUAACAAAAAAUAUCUGUAGCUUUUGAGAGGGCGCGUACGUACGGUCCAGAUGGAUGAGUUGGAUCGAGAAGGAAAGAAAGAAAGGAGCGUCAAUAAGAUUCAACAAAAAUAGAGAAGAUUGCAACUUAUGAUCAACCCCCACACUUCCCCCUGUCCCCCGCAAAGAAUUCACACCGUUGUAUUUUUAUCAAUUAGGUUAUACAGCUGGACGUUACCCACCUCUCCCAUCCAGAACAGGGGCACAGUUACCGGCUGACAACAGGAAUUUUAUCCCCAAUAGAUUUGACAUUCCAGCGAGUAAGUUACAAUGAAAAGUAAAAUUGGGAAUGUAUGGCAUGUGUCCUGUCUACUGUUAGCACCGUCUUUGUCGAAAAAUAGUUGAGAGGGAAUAGAAUAAGGAAGGUAGAUCAUCGAAUUAAGAUAAAUGUAACUGGUCUUGUCACGAACGCGGGACAAAUAUAAAAUCUAACUCCUUGAGGAGGAACCCAAUCACAAGACAUUCGGACCAUCGAUUACUCCCGAAAACCUCAAAUUUCUUUCUUUGUUUUGAGUCAUUCUCAUGGGAGUGCUUGGUUCCAGUUCUGACAAGAGAUAAGCUGGUUAAAAAGUAAUUACAUUAACUUCCCUAGUAAAGCGUUUUAAAAAUGAAUCAUGAGCGAAGUGUUGAGAAAAUGGUCGCAGUAGCAUACUGUUUACGAUGAAAGGCAACUGCUCUGAAUGCCUUCAUUUUAUUAAAAAGGGAGUGGUUAAUUUCGAGAAUUAUUUAUCCAGAACAAAUUUGGGUCCUGGUUCAGUUUUGUUUUAUGUAGUCUUCACUAGUGCACACAAAAGCUUAUAUCAAUUUUUCGUUUCAGGUGUUAUACACAAAAAGCCUGGAUCAUCAGUAGGUUGGUAAUCCUGCAGCUUGAUCACAUGACGCUUGUUCAGUCAUUUUAUAUUGAGGUUCUCCAUCUGCAGUACGCAGCAACCUAAGAUAGUUUAAUAUCAUUAAAUAUAUCACUGGAUUUUAUGACAAUUACUGUGAUGCCCAGACUGUUGUACUUUUCGGCAUGAAACGUAAACUUGUACAUCAGUUGAUAUCCUCUUGUUAAUCUUAAUGUGACCAAAUCAUUCCAGUGCAAAUUACAAAAAAAAAAAACGAAACUUUUGCGGCCAAACAUCGAUUUCUAACGUUAUUUAAGUGUUUGUUAAUUUUCUGAGUGUAUGCUGGCACCAUGAGUAUUUAUGUAAUAUUUUUCUUUUCUAAUCAUCAGGGUGUGUUGGGGUUGAUCCUUGUGGAUUACUUCCCCCCUAUUCUUCACCAGCUCUCCCACAUGCUCCCCCUCCGCUACCUUACACCGGAUUCCCCCCACCACCUGUCCCAUACGGCCCCCAGGGGUACGCUCAAUCAGCCCCCAUGGCUCCCAAUGGGUAUGGUAUGCACUCAAUCAACACCAUGGCUCAGGAUGCAGCGGCGGCAAUGGCCGCUAAAUUAAAACUUCUUGGUGGGACACAUCCUGAGAAAAAAUUCGUGCCACAUCUUCCUCCCAUGGGGAGACCACAGCCGGGAAAACCUCCUUAUAACCCUCCACCUCCGGCUCCCGAGCCACCAGCAGCAACAGCAUUUGUCCCAGGGCUGCCAGGCCAGCUGCCAUAUCAGCAGCCAUUUGGCUACAAUCAACAAGGCAUGCCUCCUCAAACAGCUGAAUUCGGCGCCCAACCGGCUCCCGGGUUUGCUCAGCCGGUAGCGCCUCCGAUGCAAGGAAGCUUCGCUGAUCAGCAACCUCUACCGGUUGAGUUUUGAUUGUAUUACAUGGCUGAGAAAAUCAGUUUAUACUACAACCUACUUGUGGCACUUAAAAUGUUCCUCCACCUGUACAGUGUAUUUGUUAGAGGAACACACUCAAUUGUUCAGAUUGUCCUACUACGGCGCCUAAAUGAUUAAAAAAAAAUCCUCAUUACUGUUCGACAAUUUACAAUGAUAGUCUAUCAGCUGAUUUCUAUAGAAACAUUCACUACCCGGUUACGCCAAGCAAGAGUGCCUCUCUUGCGCUGCAACAAUUCCUAACAAAUAGUAAAAAAAAACAAAAAACAAAACCCUCAGAAAGUUCAUUUGUUUCCAACUAAGGCAUAACUUAUUGUAUUUUAGGCACCAGCUACUUUUCCCCAGGACCAGGCCCCUGCAUUUACCCCUCAGCAGCCAUUGUCCACGGGACCUCAACAGGUAGAAACACCACAGCUGGUUAACAAUGAUGACCCUCAAGUGCCUUUUUCAGCUGAGAUGAAUCAACCCCCUGCGUUUAAUGAUCCAGGACAACAAAUGGCACCUAAUGGUAAGUAAAGUAACUUGUAUUCAGUAACAGUGAUUAAAAAGUUCACAUAUUUACAACAAGCUGCGUUAAAGUCACGUCAUAAAUAUGCCUGUAGGAAUAUUUCUAUGUAUAUAUUAAUGUCUCAAACAAGAAAAAAAAAACACACACAAACAAACAGAACUAGGCUAGUUAAACAAUACGCCUAGGUUUUGAAAUGCUAAGUGGGUAGUAUUCCAAACAAUUGACACUUAUGACUUUAAUCUCCAUUUAAUAGGCUCUUUUGACUUGGCAAAGAAGAGAAUGAUGGCUUUAAAACUAAAAGGUCAAAUGAAGAGAUUUGGAGUUCCGAGACCAGUACAGAAAUCCAGGCUGGCACCCAAGCCCUUGUUCAAACGACAUUUCUAAUAUAAUUUCUAAAUAAAUGAUGAUUUAAACCUGAGUAAAUCUAAUUUAAUAAAUCUAAAAUAUAUGACGCUUUUCAUUCAUGACUCUUGCUAUUUCUCUGGUAAAAGUAAAGACAACUAAACAGGG